GGGGUGCAAUGUGGAAAUGUGUCCGGCCUGACACGCGGGUGGUGGGAAGGUUCCUGUUUCCGGGAGAGGCCGGGAUGCGCGCUCGGUGUCACCAUGAGAACCAACCGAGUUUAUAAACUGUGGAUCCACAAGAAGGGCUUCGGCGGCAGCGACUAUGAGUUGAUGGUGAACCCCAAAGUUUUCCCUCAGGUGAAGCUGGGCGACAUUGUGGAGAUUGCGCAUAUUAAUGAUGAGUACAGCCCGCUGCUUCUUCAGGUGAAAUCUUUGAAGGAAGACUUGCAGAAAGAAACUAUUAGUGUGGACCAGACUGUGGCCCAGGUGUUUAAACUUCGGGCUUACCAGGAUGUCUAUGUCAAUAUUGUGGAUCCCAAGGAUGUGGUGCUUGACCUGGUGGAGCUUACCUUCAAGGACCAGUACAUUGGGCGCAGCGACAUGUGGCGGUUAAAGAAAAACCUGGUUAACACCUGUGCCUAUGUCACUCAGAAGGUGGAAUUUGCUGGAAUAAGAGCUCAAGCAAGUGAACUUUGGGUCAAAGGUGAAAAGGUUACCUGUGGCUACAUAAGUGAAGACACAAGGGUGGUAUUCCGAUCCACCUCUGCCAUGGUCUAUAUUUUCAUCCAGAUGAGCUGUGAGAUGUGGGACUUUGACAUCUAUGGUGAUUUGUACUUUGAGAAGGCUGUGAAUGGUUUCCUCUCUGACCUCUUCGCCAAAUGGAAGGAUAAAAAUUGCAGCCAUGAAGUGACAGUGGUUUUAUUUUCCAGAACUUUCUAUGAUGGCAAGUCGCUGGACGAGUUCCCCGACAGUCAUCGACCUUCCAUUCAGGUGGAUCAUGAGGGCAGGUUCUAUGAAGACUUUUAUAAAGUUGUUGCCCAGAAUGAACGGCGGGAAGAGUGGACGUCGCUGCUUACAACAAUUAAAAAGCUAUUCAUUCAGUAUCCUGUGCUGGUGCGAUUGCAGGAAGCAGAUGGUUUUCCACGUGGACAGAAUUCUACAGCAGCUCAAGGAAACUAUUUGGAGGCCAUCAAUCUCUCCUUCAAUGUAUUUGACAAGCAUUACAUAAACCGAAACUUUGACCGCACUGGCCAGAUGUCUGUCGUGAUCACACCUGGAGUGGGAGUAUUUGAAGUUGACCGACUGUUGAUGAUUCUGACCAAGCAACGGAUGAUCGACAAUGGUAUUGGUGUUGACCUGGUGUGUAUGGGGGAACAGCCUCUCCAUGCCGUGCCAUUAUUUAAGUUACACAAUCGAGGGGUCCCUGGAGAUUCCCGUCUAGGUGACGAUUACAAUAUUCCCCACUGGAUAAACCACAGCUUCUACACCUCCAAGAGUCAGCUUUAUUAUAAUAGUUUCACUCCUCGCAUUAAACUUGCAGCUAGGAAGGCUCCAGCAGAGAAAGGCAAAAGUAAUAAAGAUAACGCCAUCGGUGCGGGCAGCCCGAAGGAAUCUGAGAACAGCCUUCCCAUCCAGGUUGAUUAUGAUGCUUACGAUGCUCAGGUAUUCCGGUUACCUGGACCAUCUCGAGUGCAACGACCCACCUCUUUCAGGCCUGUUCGAGAGAGCCACACCAGGAAAAGUUCCAGUUCCUAUGAUGUUUCGAACAGUCCGCCCCACCACAGAGGGGCGCUGCUUCUUGAGGAGGUCAGGAGUCAGGCCUCUGAUGACAGCUCUCUCGGGAAGAUCUCCAAUAUUCUCCUGAUCCCGCGCCCUCACCUCCACCAGUACGAAGUUAGCAGCUCUCUGGGAUACACCAGCACCAGGGAUAUCCUGGAGCGCAUGAUUGACUCACAGCAGAGAGAUUCCAGCGCCCCUGGCCGUUUCCAUGUUGGCAGUGCUGAGUCCAUGCUCCACAUUCGGCCUGGCGGGUACACCCCUCAGCGGGCACUCAUUAAUCCGUUCGCCCCUUCCCGGAUGCCAAUGAAGCUAACGUCAAACAGGAGGAGGUGGAUGCAUACAUUCCCCGUGGGUCCCUCUGGGGAACCGAUUCAGAUCCACCACCAGACCAGGCAGCAUAUGGCGGAGCUUCAGGGCAGCAGCCUGCGGGAUCCCACACACUCCUCCGCAGAGCUGCUGGAGCUGGCCUACCAUGAAGCGACCGGAAGGCGGAGCACUGCCAAGCAGACUGCUGACAACCUAUCGUUCCUGGGGUGUACUGGAACGGAUGAAUUUGCCACCAGCCCAGCCAGCAGCCACAGUGCAGGUACUCCACUGAACCAGGCUUCAGCCUACGAGGAUCCCACCACCAGCCGUGAUCCAAUUCUGAUGCUGUCUGCUCCUCCUGUAGUGCCCAGUUUCUGUUGCACAGUGGGCGUUGACUGGAAGUCACUCACCACACCUGCCUGCUUGCCCCUCACCACCGACUACUUCCCAGACAGGCAGAGCCUUCAGAACGACUACACCGAGGGCUGCUACGAUCUCCUCCCUGAGACCGACGUCGACAGGAGAGAUGAAGACGGACCUGUCAUGACAGCGCAGCAGGUGUUUGAGGAGUUUAUUUGUCAGCGCCUGAUGCAGGGCUACCAGAUCAUCGUCCAGAGCAAGAACAGGCUAUCGAGCAGUGCAGCCUCAGCCCCUCUCAGCAGCAGCCCCCUCUACACUCGCGGUCUGGUAUCCAGGAACAAGCUGGAGGAGGAGGAGACUGCCUUUUGGCUGAGCAUGGGCCGCACUUUCCAUAAGGUCUGCCUCAAGGACAAGAUCAUCACCGUGACCCGCUACCUGCCCAAGUAUCCUUAUGAAUCAGCUCAGGUCCAGUACACCUACAGCCUGUGCCCACCACAUUCCAACACGGAGUUUGUGUCAUGCUGGGUAGAGUUCUUACACGAGAGGCUGGAAGAGUACAAGUGGAACUACCUGGACCAGUAUAUCUGCUCGUCAGGCUCUGAGGAUUUCAGCCUGAUAGAAUCCCUGAAGUUCUGGAGAACGAGAUUCCUUCUGCUCCCGGCCUGUGUAACAGCUACCAAGCGGAUCGUAGAGGGAGAGGGCCGCUGUGAUGUAUAUGGAGAGAAGCUCCACUCCGACCAGGAGGAGUGGCAGCUGCUGGACGGCUUCAUCCGCUUCGUGGAGGGUUUGAACCGAAUCCGGAGACGGCAUCGUUCCGACAGAAUCAUCCGGAAAGGGGCUCCCAUAAAAGGACUGCAGGUGACCGGGCCCUUAUCGAACUAUCCGACUGAACCAGCAGCUCCACCCCUCGGGAAGAAGGGAACGUCAGCUCUGUCUGCCUUGCUGGAGAUGGAAGCCAACCAGAGGAGCUUUGAGGAGCAACAGGCAGCAGUCCACUCGGGGAAAGGUGCUGGCCCAGCCUCUGACAGCACCCCGCACUCCGUGGCAAACGUCGCUGUCACUCCCAGCUACGUUGACAGCCCAAGAAAGGUUCAAGGAGACCAGGUACUGACAGGCACGGACAAUCCUGAUUACAGCCCAGCUUCAGGAACCACUGCUCCAACUGGGGACAGGUCCAACACAUUGGGUAAUGCCCAAGCUUCAGUCAUGGGCGCCACACAGGGCACUGGAGACCAACCUCCUGCCCCUGCCUCACAAGACAGCAGCAGCCAGCUGUCCUCUGGGAUUGCAAACUCACUGACCUCCUCCUCAUCGCUAGCAGAAAUACUGGAAAUAAUGAAGCACCCCUCUACUGGGAUCCAGCUGCUGCCAGAGCAAAGAGGGCUCUACCCCAACUGCUUCAUCAGUGCAGAGGUGGUGCACUGGCUCAUCAGCAACGUCGAAGGUGUGCAGACACAGUUGAUGGCCAUCGAUAUCAUGCAGAAAAUGCUGGAUGAGCAGCUGAUUGUCCACGCGUUCGGGGAGUCCAUGCGAACGUUUGUGUACGGCUUCUACUUGUACAGGCUUGUCACCGACAAAGACACUGAGAAAGGAAACCUGCAGUCCUCCACGAUCUGGUACACCUCAACGAUGGACGACCUGGCUGCAUUCCAACGCAAAUGGUUCGAGGUGGCUUUCCUCACAGAAGAGCGGCUUCACGUCGACAUUCCCGCCUUCCUGUUACCGUGGUUACCCAGUAGACCAGCGUCCUAUGCAAGUAGGCACAGUUCCUUCAGCCGCAGUUUUGGAGGACGAAGUCAAGCUGCUGCAUUACUAGCUGCCACAGUCCCUGAGCAGAAGACGGUGACCCUCGCUGUGGAUGUCAAUAACCGCUCAGACCAUGUUGAAUGGUGCAGCUGCUAUUACCAUGGCAACUACUCAAUAAAUGCUGCCUUUGAAAUCAAGCUACACUGGAUGGCAGUAACGUCAGCCGUACUCUUUGAAAUGGUACAAGGCUGGCACAGAAAAGCCACUUCCUGUGGGUUUCUCCUGGUCCCUGUGCUUGAGGGUCCGUUCGCUCUCCCCAGUUACCUGUACGGAGACCCCCUGCGGACUCAGCUUUUCAUCCCCCUGACUGUCAGCUGCUUGGUGAAGGAAGGCGCAGAGCACAUCUUUGAUGGGUUCGAGCCGGAGACUUACUGGGAUCGGAUGCAGCUUCUGCAAGAGGCCAUUCUUGUGAGGUUUGGUUUUGUCCAAGACAAGUACACUGCCUCAGCCUUUAACUUCCCUGCGGAGAACAAGCCACAGUAUAUUCAUGUCACAGGUACAGUCUUCCUUCAGUUGCCGUACUCGAAACGCAAGUUCCCAAGCGGACAACAGAGACGGCGAAGGAACUCCACUAGCUCCAGCACCCAGAGCCUCUUCGGUGAGGAAAGAAUUGGCUACAACUGGGCCUACAACACCAUGCUCACCAAAACCUGGCGAUCCAGCGCCACUGGCGAUGAGAAAUUCGCCGACCGGCUGCUCAAGGACUUCAGCGACUUCUGCUCCAACAAGGACAACCGCCUGGUCAGCUUCUGGGAGAGCUGCCUGGAGAAGAUGCACUCCAGUGCACCCUGAGAAGGGGAGAGCCGGAAUACACCAGCUGGGAAUGCCCGGGCAUUCUGGGAUAUCCAGCUGGCACCACUUCCACUUACCCAUCGCCCGUCGGAAUGCAUUCAGCAACCAGUGAAAAGCAGCAACAGCUUUGAAAGGAAUCAUUGGAGGAACUCCGAGAGGAAGGAGCUGCGACUCCUCCACUAUCCGGUCAAACCUCUGGAUGAACAAACUGCUCUCUCAAAACGACCCGGCCUGCUUGCUACACUCUGGCCUCAUUUCCAAGCUUGGCUUCAGAAGCUCAUUAAAACAACAGCUCCCUGCGCUGCCUUUUGCAGUUGACUGUGCUGGGUAAUGACCCACUUGGCACCCCGAAUCGAGUGUUUGUUGAAGCCGUUGUAUGCGGAAUAUUGAAGCAGUGGCACAAUGCAUCAUGGGAAGGCAGAUGUUCCAAUGGGAUUUGGAAAUGGGAACUUGGCCAAAUGUGGUCUUUGUAUAAACUUUGUCUGGGGGUUGGUGUUGGACGGCACAGUGCAGACCAUGAGGACUAUAGACCGUGACCGCCCUCUGAAUUGUGACGCGGCUCCAGAACAUGACCCCUUCAGGCACUUGUACACACUGCCGACCAGAAUCACAAGCUCUUUCCUUCACCGUGUCCUCUUAGUAUUUUGUUUGUAUUUCCCACUGUUUUGGCCUCCCUUUUAAGCACACCUAACCCUGGGGCGUGCGUUCGUCAUUCGUUUGGAAUUGGCUUCAAGAAGGACAAGAAUCCUCCGAGGAUUCUGCCGCAGGAGAGGAAGGGAGGAUCCAGAGAUGAGGUUAAUUGGAUCUCAAUCACUUUGAUUAAACGGACCCUAAAAAUGAACACUCAAGUUUCAGUCUGUUUAUAUCAUUUGUCCGAUGGUUGUCUGCAUUCCUCAGUCAUCGGGGUUACGUGAACAGGUAGGCAAGGCCCAGAAACCACGCACGGGUAUCCAUGGCCUGGUCCUGAGUGUAUGACACCAGUCCAACCCUGCACAGAGCCCCUUGACAGUGGUAGACCCCAUCACCGCCACGGGGCUCACUUCGUGCAGCUUGGAUACAUUAUUCUGUCGAGACCAUGUCGUCAGUAAGUGGAUAAUGCCCAAGUGUCAGGGGUAGACCUGGCUCAAUAUUUAUUCAUCAUGUUUCCACAUUCAAUGGCAGAGUAUCUCAUUGCAAUGCCUGAACCCAGAGAUAUGGAAGGUUGUAAAGAUGAUGCAGUGCUGUUGAUUCCUCUUGUCUGGGCAGUAACUGAGCUGUGAGCAGCAGAGUGCCCACUUGGGGAGUGACUGAUUAGCUGUUGAUCAGUAUGAAUUAGGCCAUUGCCUCCAUUCAGAGUGGUCCUGACCUUACUGCACUUCACCGAUGGAUCUAAAGAGAAGCAAACACCAAGGACAAAUCCUGAGCUUGAUCUUCAAAAUUUUAUAU